AUGGGUAACUCCAAUAGGAGGGAGACGAAUAAGAAGGAUGAUGAAGAGGAGGAUGAUAUAGGGAAGGGGAGUGGGCAAGAAUCAGGGGGCGAUCCGAAAGGUCGUACCGGGGAAGUCGAAGUGAAGAGUAGAGGACUCCUGGACGAGAGCCUAGUAAACAUUUUCUACUAUGAGAACUACUUCAAGAAUUUCUUCAACUUACAAGAGAUUAAUAAGUUUGGUUUUACGGCGAAUAGUGCCAAGGUGGGAUGUGAGGUGGAGGGGGAUGGGGAGGACAAAGAAGGCACAAGUGAAGAAAAUGGAAAAAUUAGGAACAAGAAAAUGAUUGAAGAAAUGACCUUCCACAAUAACAAGUACAUUGUGAACUUUCUUGACGAUACGAUAAAAUCUAAAAUUGAGAUCGCCAACUUUAUUUCUUUUUAUUUUUUUUUUCAAAGUGUGAGGCAGAAGUGUGUGAGCGACUCGAUCAGGAGAAAGGACCUGUCCGAUGUUAAUUACAUAUAUGGGCAGGUUAGGAAGUCGAAGAGAUAUAUUGGGUCCGAUGAUGUGGAGACUUGCAUGAGGAAUUAUUUAUACCAUAUUGAUAGGAGGAAAUUUCCCAUUUGGAAGGAGCCCGUGGGGGGUGAGGGAUCGGCACGGAACGAUGCACUUGCUAAUGUAGGAGGAGGAUGUGGAGAGGAGGUGGGACGCACAAGUGAUGUGGGCAACGCGGAAAGCUUGGAGGAGGUGGAGCCGCGGAGCCGCGAGAAGGGACGUCUGAGUGAAGUGAAAAAAGGGCAAAGCGGCAAGAGAGAAGAGGAGGGAUGCCCGAGCAAAUGGAAAAAGAAGGUACCCCAAAGAGUGAAGAUAGAAGAUGACAAAGUUACACUUCGGUGGAAGAGCACCUUGGGUAGGAAGUACGACGAAGGCUUUUCCUUGUACAGUUCAGGCAGAAAUUAUCGUCGGGGAAGAAGGAAGGGGGUGGAAGGAGUGAAAAGGAGGAGGGAGGAUGGGGAGGAACGUGAGGAGGAAGCGUACCUGGGGGGGGAUGUAGACUCGGCACAGUUACGUGGAGAGAAAGAAGAGCCUGGGAAUGGUCUGGACUCUACACUGAAGAGUGAAAUGGGGCAGGUAAAAAACGACAACUCUUCCUACGCGGUGUAUAUUAAAAAGACGCUUUCUAAAGUAUUCAAUAGGUACGAAAUAAAUAGGUACGGAUUGGUGAGGAAGAAGAAGGGGAGCCUGUUGUUGGGUCAUCUGCUUAAGGAGAAGAAGGAGCAAAUGAACCUUGGCAUUUCUUUCUCCCCAGCUGGUUUGUUAAUACCGUAUCACCUAGGUGUGAGCAGUUUAUUAAUAGAAAAAAACAUCCUUAACAUACACACGAGUAUAGCUGGUUCAUCUGCAGGUAGCAUAUGUGCUUGUUGUUUGGGUAUCGGUUUGAGUGUGGACAAAUGUUUUUUUUUAAUUGAGAAUAUUAUUAGUAAUGUAUACAAAAAUGGGUGUUACCAGAAGUUGCAAAAUGUGUUGGACGUGGAGUUGAACAAGUACCUUUACACGGGAAGUUAUAAUUUUUUGAACCAACGAAAUGGAAGCGUCUUUGUAGGGAUCACACAGAUACUUCCCUACUACAAAAGAUUAAACAUAACAAAAUUUUACGACGACAGGGAUCUGAUCAGUGCAGUGAUCGCCUCGUGUAAUAUCCCUAUGUAUUUGUCGAACAACAUUUUUGCCAACUUUCGAAAUAAAAAGUGCAUCGAUGGAUUGUUCAGCACCAGGAAGAAGGAAUUUGGGUGCCCUAGUACGAAGACCGAGCGCACCGUGAAGGUAUCUCCUUUCGAUUCAGAUUAUGUUGGUAUUGAGAACAAGACCAACAGUGUUAUUAGCCCUCAUAUGGUUAAGUAUAGACAUUUGAUUUUUCUCUUUUUGUGUGUGAAGAAUUUGUUUCACCGGGUGGUGGAUAAUGUGUGGGUGGAGAAGGACUAUGCGUUUUUGGUUCGUCGGUUGAAGAGGAUCAUGGAUUUGAGGAUCUUUUCCUGGGGGGAGUUUUUGCGCGAUUACUUCUGCGCCCCUGGUGGGGGAGCGGCGAUGAGGGGGGUGAGCAUGGAUGCAGAUCCGGGUAGAGGUGAUUUGGGGGGAGGCAGUACCGACAUUUCUUACGAAGCGAGCCCCUCCGAACUGAUGCAUCGUUUGGAGGAGAGACUUAGCCGAUUCCGCUGCACAUGCGGGAAUGACGCUGCUAGGGAGGUCUUCCUGAAGGUGAACCGGGAGGCCUUUGCCCAGUUCGAACGGCACAACUGCAAGUAUUUCAAUUUUUAUAGCUUCUCCAUGACGCUAAUAAAUGUGAUGAGCGCCUACUUUGAGGAGAACUUUUUCCCUAGCAAGAGGUUGAAGGAGGUAGUGUUGAGGGGUUUGCGGCAGGAUGGUGGAGACACGUUAGGGGAGGAAGACGGGGAGGACGCCCAACUGGAAAACAUUUUCCUUAUGCUGGAAAAAAAGAAAUUACUCAGAAUGGAGGAGUACAUACGAUUUCACCCCAAGCUGGAGAGUGAAGUGAUUUUGUUUUUUUUUAAAGAGCAUUUCGCCAACGACAACAUCGCACGGCUGGAAAAGAGGUUCUUAAAGAGGAGCAUCCAUCAGCUGGUGGAUUCGUUGAAGGAUAUUUGUUUGUUCGAUUGUGUGGAGAGGUGUGUGCAGAGGUUAAUUCUGUUAUGUCACGAGGUUGAGAAGGGUCGCGGUGAUGGACGUUUGGUUUUGUCAGGUGCAAAGGGGGAGUCCCCCGGAGGGCACUUCCAAUCGCGCGUUAGGGGGAUUACCCAUUAUUUGAAGCACAGCCAAAUUUACAAAAAUUUCAUUUACAUACUUAACGAAAUAAAAGCGGCGAACGGAAGAGUCGUUAAGGUUACUGAGCACAACUACUACAGCUUUAUGUGUCUGAACGCGGAGGACAUGGGUGAUUCUUACCUCUUUUUGUACCUCUACUUGUAUGCCAAUUUGUGUCACCGCGAUGUGUUCGCUCGCGUUGGCGGCGUUAGCCGUGUUAGCGGCGUUAGAGGCGGUGAUAACCGCGUCCGUGGGGCAGUUACCUCCUGUCCGCGAGGAAGAAUCCCCCCCCUCACUGAAGGGAACAGUUGUGGUGAAGCAGCUCCGUGGGGUUACACACACGUAGGGGAUGGCCAAUUGGCAAAACAUAUGGUGCAGGAGGGACCCUCCAUGACGAACGCCAGUCAAGAUGCCAGAACGGUGAGCUUAACGCAGAGAUUUGCGGAGUUGUGGACGGUCAGGAAGCGCAAUGGGGAGGCCGACGAGGAGGAGCAAGCAGUAGAACAGAACAAGAAUCACAAAAUGAAACAGUGCAACCACAUUAGUCAUGCGAAUCAUGUUAACCUGUUUAUGAAAAAAGAGGAUCAAAUGGACGUGGGUAGCAGUUGCACUCACUAUGUGAGAAGGACUAACAGCGAAACGGGGAACAAAUUGGGGGACCAGAAAGUCGGUGAGAUGUGUCCAGAAGCACAACUUAACUGUGGGCAUAAAUGUCAAUUGGGGAAGGGGUUUCCUCGGGGGCUGAACAAUUUGCUCCUCUUCAACCACGACUGUGGAGUUAUUAACAACCCAGACGUUUUUGUGAAGACGAAUUGGAAUAAAAUAGUUACCAUGAAUGACCAGCGGAGAAGUGAGAUCUGCUCACACCUACAUGAAAUGGAUAAGCUCUACAGGGAUAUGCUUUUUUUGCAGAGAUUUGUUUUUUCUAUUAAUUUUUCUGAGCAGACCAAGUAUAAGUUUUUUAGGAAGGGGAGUGAUAACGGCGCAGCGGAGGGAGCGGCGAAGACAGCUGGUGUGGAGGAAACUCCGUGGGAGAGCCCCACAAAGGAAAAGAUAACAGGGCAAAUGUCACCAACCAAGGAGAAAGUGAGGACACGAGUUUGUAAUAGGGAUGGAGGGGAAGGACACCAAAGAACGAUUUGUACCAGUAUUGAAGAAAUGUUUGUUUAUGGCUCGAUGCAGCGGGGGGUUUCAAGUGUUAAUCAGGUUGAUACAGAAGGGAAUGAUAGGACAGUGAUGGGGGGUAGGGGGAAGGUGCCUCCAACAAGUGAAGAAGAGGAUUGGACCAGGAGAAGAAACGGAUCCGAUGUCCUUCCCGAGAGACGCUCUACUAAGGAAAGGCGAGCAGAAAUGAUGAUGCAUGAUGGCUCGCCAGAAAAUUUUGUUGAAGAUGUAGAAACCAAUAUUGAUAAAAAAUUAUAUAAUAAUGAUCGAACGUAUUUUAUUAAGAAUGUGUUUUCCAUGAGGAAGUUAUUGAAGAUGGCAUUCGAGGGAGCAAACGACAAAAUGAUUAGGAAGAUUUACGACAUGGGUCGUAGUGACACGUACCUGUGGCUAUACACCGAGUACUUGAACGUGUGCAUUUUUUGCUUUAAGAAGGUGUAUCUUUUAUAUGUAAAGUUAGUUUCUGUGUUUGAGUCGCUGCUUGGGAUAACCAGCUUGAGCAAGCGGAGGAAGAAGAGGAAGCAUGAUGUGUCUGCUAUUCUAAGCUCGGUGGAGAAGUUUGUCCUUUACGUGAAUGGAAGGGCGCUCAACAUGUUCGAGCUGUGCAAUUUUGUGUAUGUGUGUGUCGGCGGCGGGGAGGGAGCAUCAGGUAGAGCAGGGGCGGAUGUAGUGGAGCAGGUUACGCGGGACGCUAUUGGAGGGAAGAGGUCCUCUCCCUGCGCUGUUCACACGGAGAGGUGGGGAGAGGGCAAGCAGGUGGAAUCGGAAGGAGCUAAACGGGAAACGAAGGAAGAAGCGACGGAAGAACGCCCAAACGAGGAAAACGCUUCCAACGCGUCAUUAGCUAAAUGCGAGAGGCAGCACGUCCAUGAAGGGACCCCCGUACAAGAUCCUUCCCCGCAUCGCCAUUUGGAGGAUGCAGAGGUAUGCAGUGGCCAUCACUUGUCUAGGAAGGGCAAACGGGGGAUUGGUCGGUUUAAGAGAAAAGGAAAAGGGAAAGGAACAGAAAGUGAGAAAAUCAUAAAGCCCAGCGGAGAAGAGAAGGAAAAUGUACCCCACCAGAUUAGCAACACUCGAAAGGUAAUUAGGGACUCCCACCCAAGUAGGGUCUCCAAAACGAAGCAAAAAAAAGGUAUUGAAAAGGGUGUAAAGGAAAGGAAACAAAGAAGUAUAAGUGUACCGGUAGAUCUUCACAAAACCGUUUUGAAGAUGCACCAUUUGAAGGGGAAGAUAAAAUUAAAUAAAAACAUCAUUGAUGGAAUUAAUAAGGAGAUACUGACUGGCAGUCCAUAUGAGCACAUUUACACUCACUCGAAUUUUUGGAUAUACUCCUCUUCCGAUGAGAGUGAUGGGAAGAAUCUUUGUGGCAACGGGUUCUACCUGAACAGCGCAGAUGUCGCGGGUUCUUCGUUUGAUUCUGUGUUUGACGAUCUGUCUGAUGAGGCGGAUGGCUUCUCCAAGAUUUCCAAUUUUUUCAGGACGUUCAGGAACAUGGACGGGAAUUUGGGCCUCUCGGGCUACUUCGGCUUUUGA